UACUGGACUCGGAGGAAGGCGGAAGUGUCAUGGCGUGGCGCACAUAGCAACGUUAACAUGCUGUAGUAUGUUUUGACUUUAAAGUUGUGAAUUAAUAUCCACAAACGACUUCCGAGUAAGAGUUCAGGAUGGCGGACUCCGGUCAACCUGGCGGUCAGCGCACACCAACCCCUGGGGGGAGCGGUAACGCAGGACUGCUGACGGGCCGUCGACCUUCAGCUGGUAUCUCUCCUGGCCGUCUCCCCUCAAUGCGAUCAAGAGACCUCACCCUGGGAGGAGUCAAGAAAAAAACAUUUACCCCCAACAUUAUUGGACGAAAAGUUAAAGAAGAAACUAAAGUUGAAAGUGGACACAGGCGAGAGCGGAAGGAUGGAGAUCGAGGUCGUGGCCCAAGAGAGAGAGGCAGGGGACGAGGUCGCGGAGAGGUCAUCCAGUCCCACUCCAUCUUUGAGCAGGGGCCUGCAGAGAUGAUGAUGAAGAGGAGAGGUGGCUAUGAAGGUGAGAGAGAUGCUCCAAGCAUGGGACCGUCACCCAUCAUAAACAUUAAGAAGGAGAAGAGGGAGACUGAAGAGGAGACCAAAGAGAUUCUGCGCAAGCUGGAGCGGGACAACUUUAUCGAUGACCCUUUCCUGAAAAGUGAGCAGAGAAGCUGCCCUGUCCAGCUUCCCCUUGCUGUGUCGGGAUGGGGAUUCACGGAGGAAUUUAAUAACACUGAUGUUAAAUUUGAGAAGAAAGAGGAGGAUAGUGAGCCCAUUGAGCCUCCACUUAAGGUGAAACAAGAGCCAGAGGAAGUAGAAAUAAAGAAGACUGAGUUAAUGUACAGACCUCCUCCGCUCCCCGAACCUGAAGUUCUUCCUGACCUGCUGCAGAGAUGGAGUCUUGGCAAAGGAGAGGAGUUGUUAUUCAUUCAGCUGCCUGACUCGCUGCCCGGCCAGCCUCCAACCAAAGAGCACAAACCAGUUAAAACAGAGGUGCAGUCAGCAGAUGGACAGUCUGUGCUUCUGAAGACAGAGACUCAGGAAGAGGAAGAUGAAGACAACAGUUGCAAUCUGAAAGAUCUCCGGGAGGGUUUAGUGGGGAAGAUGCUUGUGCGGAAGUCUGGUCGAGUACAGCUCAUCCUAGGACAAGUCACACUUGACGUGUCUCUGGGAACACCAUGCUCUUUUCUGCAGGAGCUAGUCUCGAUAACUACAGAGGAGAAAACAGGCAACUUGACUGUAUUGGGAAACAUCAAACACAAAAUGGUUUGCUCCCCAGACUUUGAGGCUCUGCUGGAGAAUAGUGCUUGAUGCUGACUGGAGCAGAGGGGGACUGAACAUCCUUUGACAAACGGAUGCACAGGAUGAUGACUGCAUAGACUGUCUUUUUGGAUCCCAACAUCUAACAGAAGUACUGUAUAAAUGUUGAUUGACUACCCCUUUUUUUGCAGAUUAGCUGUGAAUACUCUGAUAUACAAUAACUAUAAGUAAUAAACAUCAAUUAGUUUAGUUUUUUUUCUCGAUGAAUAAGUUUGUCAUUGCUCAAAGGUUGAAUGGCACCCCACGUUUCUGUACAUUUAUUUUCCUGAAAUUACUUGAAACAUGUACAUGGAUGUAAAUGUGUGAAUAAAAAAGGUUUAGUAAAUCCAUUUUAGCUAAUCUUUUUGAUGGCUGGAUGAAUCAAAAUUACAGAAAUAUUUCCUCAUUUCAUGAUAGUAUCUACCUGUCCGAAAAAGAAAUAUUUAUUUGUAUUUUAGGUUUCUGUCAAUUGUCUUUUCUUUUGUGCUGACUGAAGCAAUGAAAAUGUAUGCUGAACAAUAAAACAAGAUUGG